UAUCACGAUACCCCUUGGUUAGACUGGCUGUUUCCUUAGUCAGCUAUAGGAAACUCGAUAAUCGAAAAAAGAAAUUUAUAAAUCUUCUAGUAUGACUCAAAGCCCGCCCCGCACGAAGCCUCGUCAUUCUAUAAAAGAGGUUUAAAUUAAUCCAUUUGAUAUUAAAACUUUUUACAAAACCUUCUUUUCACGAUGUUAUGAAAUAUGUAUCUGUCAAGCACUUUUGCCUGAUCUUGUAUUUGUAUAAUAGGGUACAUUUUUUGAUUCUCUUUAUUUUACUUAUUUAUUUUGAUAGAAGUUUUUUUACAUACGUUAAGUAUGUCUGUUAUGUAUAUAAAAGCCUUCUAUGGACCUAGCACGUCGUUUCACAGCAGUCAUAUACAUAAACCUCAAUUUCUAACAGGAUUAAAAAUUGAGUUGCAGAGGCUGGGCUAUAGAGUGGACUUGGUACCAGUCGAUUGUCACAACUACUGCAUGCUAGAGCUAAACGGACACCAGGUAUUCCGCUGUAACAUUCAGAGUUUCCACUUCAACACAUCGAUUAGACGCGACCCGAUUUGCCAAAGAGCUGUCAACGCAGUCCAGAACGCGUCGCAGAGAAUGAUGAGCGCUCGCGACUACCUCUAUUUCCUAUCCCUCAUAGAAAAUGACAUUCUGACAAGAACCGAGUACAAUUAUAAGGAAUAUUUUCUAUCAGAUAUGAAGUGCGACUGUGAAUGUUGUUAUAUGUGAUCUUUUUUAAAACCUGCGAAUAAUGUUUCAAAGUAGUGUAGUCAGCUAAUAGAAUAUUUGAAACAUACUGUACCAAAGGGUGAAUCUUAACAGUCGUAGAGUAUUCCUUCAUAUUGAAAGCUGACUUGGUUUUCGCGUUAUAAUAUAAAUCAACAACGACAGCUUGCUUAAAUCGUAUUGAUUUAAUUCCGUUAUCGUUUCCGUAAUCGGACCAGGAUCAAUCUAUACAUUUUUGCACUAUGUUAAGAUUGUUCCAUAAAAAUAUCGUUCUCGUAUAUGACAAUGCAAUCGAUUGAUCUGCAGAAUUACCAAUGUCUUAGUCAAGCCUUAUAACAGUUAUAACGUUAAAUAAGUGAGUUAUCAUGCGCGACUGUAAAUAUUUGUGAAACAAUUGGACAUUGUUAACAUUUGUAAUUGUGCUUUGUGUAAAACAUUGUGAUGUUAAAUACGUGUUUAGUUAUUCUAAACGCGUAAAUUUAAAUAAAACAUCAUGAAAUAAAACACUUGAAACAUGAUAGGUAGUCGUAAGAUAUCGAUAUUAAUACCGCUUCACAAAACUUAACGAUAUACUACCGUAAUAAGAAGUUAUUUUACUGUUAUGUUGUUUCUUGUGUCGCAGAGUUUUCAGACUCACUCAUGCAUAUCAUAAGAUACCCUAAUAAAACUAUACUUACCUACUUAUUAAAUAUAAUUCCACUUAGUGUAAUUGAAUUCAGUAGGUAUGAAACAAGUAUUUUGGUUAGGGCUUAUGAUGAAAAACAGCGUGAAGAGCAACAAAAAUAAUUUCGACACGAAUCACACUGCUUGAAUCGAAAAGGAAUUAAUACUUCUCUCAAUUGAAGAAAUUAAGCUAUGAGUACCUUCUAUAUGAAGAAUCAUAUGAAAAUAUUCGAGCACAAUUCAAAUGCAUGACAAUGGAUAUAUUUAAAUGAAAAUAUAUACUUUUAAGUCGCGACUAACUAAUUACGUUUUUAUCACAAUUUGCUUUAAAUAAAGCAAAUACCUACUAAAUAGUGCAUGGAUAAUUCUGCACGCAUUUAAUUCGAUUAAAAAAUGAUUAUGCAUAGAUUAUACUGAACGAGAUUUAUAUUAAUUCUUACUUUUUUUAUUAUAUACUCUGCUAGGAAUAAUCGGAUGGCUUUAAAAAGAAACUAGUAGGUACCUAU